AUGGAGACUCAAACUCCCGGAACAGGAAGUACCAGAGACAAAACCUCUAUCACUGAGGCUAGCAUAGAUGGAUCCAACUCUGUGAAUGAUGAAUUAAACUGUUUAUUAAAUGAAAAGAAAUUAGCUGUAGAAGAGGUUGAUGCAGGAAUGGGGUCAUUUGGAAAUGAAGAAAAUUCUGCUCCUAUUGUUGAUGGACGUUUGACAGACUCGCAACAAAAGGAGAAAGAACUCGUGGAUGAAGUAACUAUAAGGACUUCAAAAGUGGAACAUCUUGAACAUGAAUUGGAACUGAUGAAAGCAGCAGCUGAAAUGGCGUUUGAUAACCAACGGUCUAUUGACUUCUACUUUGACCAGUUGACUGAACAAGUACAUGCUAAAAGAGAUUACCUUUCGACUUUGGAGUUAGAUUGGGAUGCUGUAAGAAAACCCUUGGAAGAGAGAAAGAGAACUCUUGAGGAAUCUCUGUAUUCAAACAGUCCAGAUGCACAGGCAAUGCUCCAAAAAUUGAGAGAAGUGCAACUGGAAGAAGAGUUCAUUUCAUCUGAAAUUAGAAAGAGGGAGGAGGAACAUUCAAAACUUUUUGCAGAUCUGGAAAAGCAGCAGAAAGUAGCAUCUAGGAAAUCAUAUACUCACCGUAUUGAGGAGAUUACGAAAAAUAGCCGCAAACAAGAUGCUGAUAUUGAGAGAAUUUUAAAAGAAACUAGGGAGGUUCAAUUGGAAAGUAAUUCUAUCCAGGAAAGUUUGCAUCGAACUUAUGCUGUUGCCGAUGAAAUUGUCUUUAGGGAAGCAAAGAAAGAUCCAACAGGGCAGCAGGUUUAUAAACUCCUGGUAAACAUUCAUAAAGGUUUCGAACAAAUAUCUGAGAAUAUUCUGGCAACGAAUAGAAUUAGAAGAGAAGUAUCUGACUAUGAAAUGAAACUGGCAGCCACACCUUCCACUUCAAGAAGCUUAGAUGUGAGCAAGUUACAAUCUGAUCUUGAUGGCGUGAUUAUUAGAAACAAUGAAUACCCGAAAUAG